AGUGAAGGUACGCAACGAACGAAAUGAAUUUUGAGAAUGUCUUGCGGAGUGCAAUCAAAAUCAAUGACGUCAUUAAAAAAGGGAAAAUGGCAGCGCGCAUGAAUAACGUGUUUGUCGGUGCAGAAACGGGUAUUCUGAAAGGAUAACCAUUUGACGGGAUGACCCAUAGGUGAUAACAACAAGAUCACAAUUGCUCGUUUCUAGGUAGCAACAAGAUUUUUGAUUGAAAUGGCACAGAAUUGCCCUUAUUAAAACCCUUCAAAUCAGAUUUUCUAAGAAUAUAUUUGGAGAAACAAUAAAAGGUGUGAACAUAGAGAAGCAGUCAUGGGCUAACCUGAAUGGGGCAAAGAUGGUCGACAAAAGUCAAGAAAUAUCUGCGAUGUGCUGGGGGAACUCUCAGCAAACUGAGGUCUGUAUAGCAAACAAGAGCCAGGUGGUAAAGGUGUAUGAUACAGAGGCAGCUGACUUUGUGGAGGAAUUUGAUUUUAAGGGAGGCACAGGAAGCAUCAAAGGACUUGCUAAAUAUGACAAUGCAUAUAUUACCUGUACAGAGUCUGGUCUGAUUAAAGUGUGGAAAGACAAUGAAGAGUGCCAGGUUGAGAUCCAAGCUGGUGACAACAUAAACAGAAUGAGAAAUAACCCACAAUGCCCUCAUCUCCUAGCAACAGGUGGGAAGGAAAAUGACUUGAAGAUUUGGGAUAUCAAUCGACCUGAAAAACCUACAUUUGCAGCAAAAAAUGUACGCUGUGAUUGGCUUGAUCUAAGAGUUCCCAUCUGGGUGCUUGAUUUGCGGUUUAUUCCGGACAGUGAGAAAGUAGCUAUAUGUAGUGGUCAUAAACACGUGAGAGUGUAUGACCCAAAGUGUGGCCAGAGAAGACCGGUGCUGUCUAUGGAGUUUGAUGAACAUCCAAUCACAGCCAUGGACCUUGUAAAUGACAUGCAAACUGUGAUUGGCAAUUCAAAGGGCACUAUGGCACUUGUUGACCUUCGCAAGGGACGGUUAGUUCACAAAUAUAAGGGAUUUGCUGGUAGCAUUCGUAGUAUUGCUUGCCAUCCUACAAUGCCUUGGGUUACUUCCUGUGGCCUUGAUAGAUUUCUGAGAAUCCAUGAAACAAAAUCAAAUAAAUUACUUUAUAAGUUCUAUAUGAAGUCUCGUCUGAAUUGUGUGCUGUUUUCCAAAAGAAUCACAGCAGAGACCCCUGCAGAAAUAGAUGAAAUAGACAUAACUGUUGAAAAGGAUUCUGGGAGAUCAGGAGAUUCUGAUGAAGAUGUAUGGGAUACACUAGACACUGUUGGUGGUUCAAAACCAUCUAAGAGGAAACAAAAUAAUACUGAAGACAUUGAUGAAACAAAGAAAAACACAAAUGAAAAAAAACUAAAGCAAAAUUUGAGUGUAUGAUUGUGUUAAAUAUAUAAAAAAUGUGGAAUUUAUUCAGAAAAAAUCAAGUUUUAUUUCACCACCAAGAAAUAGUAUUGUGACAUAUUGUAAAAAUGUUUUGGUCAUACCAUGACUACCAUGAACCGCCACAAAGAAUUAGAUUCACAUAAUCAAUUCAACAGAUAAAGUGCAACUUUUAAAAUUAUGAAAUGAUUUAUAGCUGAAAUGUCAAUAUGUUUUAGUUUACAUGUAAAAUGUUUUUGUAUAAAAAGGAGCAGAUUUUGUUCUAAAGAAACUGAUUCAACAUACAUGAAAUGUAUAUGAGGUAUCCUACCUAUCAAGAUGAUUGCUGAGUAAGAACUAUCAAAUAAUUGCAUGUCCAUGUGCACUAUUGAAACCCCCACAAAAUUCUAUGGUUCGAAAGCAUCACUCAAGUUACUGUUAUGAGUCAUAUAGAGUUUGAAUGACUGAAACCUUGUGAACAAGGAUGGUAUAAACCAGUAAAAUAUUAUACGAUGUUGGCAUUGCUUCAUUGAUGCCUGUUGAUGUAUGACUACAUGAGGCCUAUAAUACUGGAAUAGCUUUGGUUUCAUCUUAAUAGGGUUGUUGCAAAUUCACCGACUUCGACAACUGAGUCCCGACAUCUAGUUGGUUCCUGUAAAUCGAUAAGUGAUUCUAUGUUUUCAAAAUUUAUUUUGAAGUACUGUCAAUUCUGGAACACACCACACGAUACAGUCGGUUUUCUUGUAUAAGCGUCAGAACAAAAAAUCUGCAAAUUGUUGAUAUAAAUUGCUACAUUACAUUUUACCAUGUAAGAUUACUUAAAAUAUGGCAAAUAAGUCAAACUGAUAACUAUGAUUUAUGUCAAGUAGGCUAGUUGAAAAUUAUGAACUUUUAUUCUUAGAUUGUAAAAGAGUAAACAGAAUGCUAGAACAAUUAGAAGAGUACAUUUUAAUCAUUUUAAAAUCACAAUAGAUUUAACAGAUAUUAAAAUAUUGAUUUUUGGAUAUAAAAUAUGAAACAUUGACU